GUCUGCGACUCACACCGGACUGGACGGUGCGAUCAUCUGGAAAUUUUUUCACUCCGUCGAUUUUUUUUUAGGAGCCCACACCUGUGUCAUUUUUUCGUCCAUUUCUCGUCUUUAAAUAUUCAUUAACCCCAAUCGGAUGCAAAGAAAUGAGCGGUGAAAUCAGCGCGUGGAGUGUAAAUAAAGAUUCCGGCUAGCUAGCAGGUUAGCCCACCCAAUUAAGCUAGUUAGUGCGCUUAGCUAAUUAACUUAUCGGGUUUUGUAUGCUCAAAAUCAAAUGUUUGGUCUGUAGUCAGUGUUGUAUGUGCACACGGCGUCUUUAAAAGCGCAUAUGGCUGUCUUCUGCCACCUGUCGCCGUGUGUUAGCUAGAGAUCCGGAUAGCUGAUGGACAGUGUUGCGGUGAUUCUGGGCACUGGGGCGGUUAGCUUAGCGAGACAGCAAAGGACAGCACGGAUGUCGUGGCAGGCUAGUUUGUCCCUCCGGGACUCUAGUUGGUAGUCAUCACAGAUUAUUAAAAACAGGGCUUUGGUUGGUCUGAUAGUGGGGAGAUCUUUAGAUUCACACCUGGCCUCCAAUCUCAUCCAGUCUUUGGCCUUGUUUGAUAGACCCGUUUGUAUGAGCAGGCUGAGGUUGUGGUGCUCUAUUUUGCUUCAUCGAUUUACGUGUACCAUCAUAAGGCAUCCAGGAUUGCAUGCUGCAUUUUUAAACAACAUUCCCCCAAAGCCAUCCUGUUCCUCUUUCGACACGGUUGCAAAGGGAAGCGGACCGUAGAAGUGUGUCAGAUCAAGGUUGGGAUCUCCAAACGCUGUGGUGAUGACUCUGGAGUCCAUGAUGGCCUGUUGCAUGAGUGAAGAGGCGAAGGAGUCCAAAAGAAUCAACGCCGAGAUCGACAAGCAGCUCCGGAGAGACAAACGAGAUGCCAGGCGAGAGCUCAAACUCCUCUUACUGGGCACGGGAGAGAGCGGCAAGAGUACGUUCAUCAAACAGAUGCGCAUCAUUCACGGGACAGGCUACACCGACGAGGACAAGCGCGGCUUUACCAAACUCGUCUACCAGAACAUCUUCACCUCCAUGCAGGCCAUGAUCCGUGCCACCGAGCACCUCAAGAUCCCAUUCAAAUAUGAAGAGAACAAGUCCAAUGCUCUGCUGGUGCGAGAGGUCGACGUGGAGAAGGUUUGCUCCUUCGACCAGCCCUUUAUCAAUGCAAUAAAGAUGCUUUGGGCGGAUCCAGGCAUCCAGGAAGCCUACGACCGCAGGCGAGAGUACCAGCUCUCCGACUCCACUAAAUAUUACCUUAGCGAUUUAGAGCGUAUAUCAACUUCGGGAUACGUGCCCAGCCAGCAAGAUGUACUGAGGGUCCGAGUGCCCACUACUGGCAUCAUAGAGUAUCCCUUUGAUCUGGAGAAUAUAAUCUUCAGGAUGGUGGAUGUCGGAGGGCAGAGAUCAGAGCGCAGGAAGUGGAUCCACUGCUUUGAGAAUGUCACAUCUAUUAUGUUCCUGGUUGCCUUGAGCGAAUAUGACCAGGUCCUUGUUGAAUCUGACAACGAGAAUCGCAUGGAGGAAAGCAAAGCUCUGUUUCGCACAAUCAUCACCUACCCCUGGUUCCAGAACUCUUCAGUCAUUCUGUUCCUGAACAAGAAGGACCUUCUGGAGGAGAAGAUCAUGUACUCUCACCUGGUGGACUACUUCCCUGAAUUUGAUGGUCCACAGAGGGACGCCCAGGCGGGCCGUGAGUUCAUCCUGAAGAUGUUUGUGGACCUGAACCCGGACAGCGACAAGAUCAUCUACUCGCACUUCACCUGCGCCACAGACACCGAAAACAUCCGCUUCGUCUUCGCGGCAGUCAAGGACACCAUCCUUCAGCACAACCUCAAAGAGUACAACCUAGUGUGAGAGAGAGAGAGAGAGAGACCGAAAGAGAGUGAGACACCUGCAGCCCACAUACGGCCGAAAGCACUACACACCUCACACAACUCACACACACGCACGGGAACCGCGCGGACACACCUUCACUCCCAUUAGGCACUGGAUCUUCAUGUAGUUCUUUUCUUUGCCUGUUUUUUUUCCCUCUCUUCCUGAGUGUCGACCCCCCUCCAGUUGAUAGCUUUAUCAUCCACUCUUCCUCAAACACGAGGGCUGGGCCGCUAAACCGGUGCCUAAUGACAAAGAGCAUUCGUUUGCUCUGUAGAUGGGCUGUAGGUGGGCUCUACCUGAAUGAAACUGAGGUACGAACUUAACGGAAACACUCGAUGGAGGUGCACGUGACCGUGAUGAAGAGUGGCCGACAUUCUUGAAAGACUUCCUCACAUCACUGAAUUAACCAGGUGUUAGUUGUGCAAUCACGUGCUAUAACACUAGCUAGAGGUGGAGGUGAUUGGAUGAUUUGAUUUAAUACUAUUUUAGGAGUGAUGUAUAGAGAUUUCCCAUCACUACUUGAGUACUUGGAGAAGACCAUGUGACUUUUUCCGAAAUACGAGGAAGAUAAAAUGAGUAACUAGAGCCACCGCAGAUUUUAAGUGUGAUUUCAAUGGAAUUGUGUUCAACUGUCCUGAAAUUUUCCAACAAAUACCCAGUUCGCAUCUGUAUCCGCUGAAUUUAUCGUUUAGGCGCCAAACUGUUUCCUCCAGUCCAAUAGUUGGCAGUAUUGGGUGUUUAAUCAGUAUAAUGGAUCCAGCUAGUAUUCAAAGAUAUUUACCGAAAGAUUGUGAUUUGUUUACAUGCUUCGACACAAAUCAGUUUUGAAUCUAUGGUUUGACUGAAGGAAUCAAAUAAACGCCUUUCCCAGCUGAUUCAUAUACGUUUUUACUCGGUAUAACAUUGAAAUAUGAAUAUCCAGUGAUUGAAAUGUUCGUAAACACUCAACACAGUACAACACAAAAGUGCUAUAUAGGGUGAAAUCGGUUAGUUUUUUUUAUUUUUUUUUAUUUAUGUAAUUUAUGGACCAGAUAUGUAAUCGGACUCACUUUUCCGCAUUAGCGCACUACAACGAAAGCGGGGAUUGAGUCUCUACUGCUGUAAAAAAAAAAAUCCAUUGGCAAGUGAUCUUUUCUUUUUGGUAUUUCGUAAAUUGAUUGUCACAGUUCUGUUCUUUUUGUUUUUUCCCGAAUAUUUGAAAUGCUUGAAAAUGGGAAGUUGAAUUUCCAUUUCAUUAACGUCGCUUUAUGCAAAUAGGAAAUUGAGAAUUUUAUCAGUGGUUGAAUUCUUAACUGGUCUCUGCUUGCGUUUUGUUUUGUUUUUGUUUUUUUUGAGAGUUCGCUCUUGGUUUCGUAGUAUCAUAUCUUAGUUCUCACUUGAUUAGCUUUUUGGAUUCCAUAGCUAGCUGGCUUUUUUGGGAUCUUUACAAUGUAAUUCAGGUGAGUUUUCAUACUUUUCAUUACAAGGGCUAAUUGUGGGCGGAGAAUGAACCGACUCUAUGAAGACUAUAGAGCAAUAGGUACGCCGAAGUGGGUAUCUGAAUCAGGGACAGUGCGGGGUGACGCCACAGGAGUUGCCAUUUUCCAUAGGUUCAACUUGCAGUGCAUCCAGGGAGCACCUUUUGUGAGGCCCUUGUGAUUCGCGGAAAAAGUACGCUAUUUCUUGCCGUAAGUUAAGCGACUUUGGAUGGGUUGUUUUGAUUCUGUAAGUUGAUGGAUGAAGUAUUAACUGUUUUAUUCGGUGCCGGUGGUGUCGCACAAUUCUAUUUGCCAUGUUUGGUUUUGGGGGCCAUGACAGUAUCGCUUUUGACUCCCGUUUACUCAUUUAUCGCACACCUUUUUCAGCCAAUUGGCUAUGAAUUUAUCGCACAUUAGCACUCGUACAGUCUUAUUGGCUUUGUUUGUAUUAUUGAAACAAAAUGGCUUGAGAGAACCUGAUUUGUUGGAAUUUGCAAAACUGGCAAAAUCUCACGUUAUGAUUUAGUGAAAUAUUUGAAUCACAACUGUCACUUAUUGGCGCAUUUUUUUUUUUUUUUUUUUUUUUUUUUUUUAAACCUGUAAUUGAAUGUAUUUUAGGAGGUUUCUCUAUGUGACGAGUUCUAUAGUUUGGAAGCGUUGGUCAGUGCACAAGGCUUUUGAAGGUGUUUAUACGCAUUUUUCCCCAACCGCAGCUGUAUAUUUGCUGUUUUGUCGCGUUUAAUCCUACAAGCCUUCUUUACAGAUACAUUUGGACCUUUUGGUGCAUUUUACGAAUUGUUUGCCAAAUUGCGAAAACUUUUUUUUUUUUAUAUUAAACAAUUCUCCCGUGCCAGGCCAGUUAAGCUUUUUGUUUUGAUUUGUUUUUUGUUUUGUUUUGUUUCAAACAUCCAGAAUUUGCCUACCAUCAUGCUUCUGGGCGGGACUUCUUGCUUCAUUCAUUUUAAACUGUAUGUUUACUUGGGUGGGAUGGUACUGUCAGUCAUCAUAUGCCAAUUUCAAACGGUUUCGUUGUUGUACAAAUAGUGGACCUGCAAAUUAUGAUGGCAUUUUUGAACAUGUGAACGUUUGAAGCUUGUACAUACAGCUUUCAUUUGAAAGGGCUAGGCCUAAUCUUAGAAACACCUUUCUUUCUUAGCCAACUUAAACACUAAAGCCAGUCAUUUCGUACACAUUAAGUACAAAAGUACCAAAACAUCAUACGUUGUGCAGAUGGUAAAAAUAGCUUUGAUAUGCUAUUCAACUGGUGUGUAAGGGGUUUUUUGGUCGUUCAACAAUUUGCAAUGAAGUUUGUUUUUCCUCCCUGGGUUAAUGCACUGAACCUACUCUGCAGUAAUGAAACUAACUCCACUCAUGUGAUGUAUCUGUUCCUCCAAACAUGUUCCUGGUACUCUGAGAAAUGCAGACACUAAUGAAUAGAAAUGACGCUUUUGCUUGAGGUCCACACUGACGUGAUGGAUACGUACAAUAUGAAGCUAUCUUUACUUUAUUUUUUUUUUUCUGAUGUCGAUGCAUUACCUGAACACUUCUAUGUAGGACACUUUAAUAUAAUACAUUUUGUUUUUGAUAAAACCGGUAAAAAUAAACUUUUGUGUAGUGGUGUAUAAAAUCAAAGUAUUGUAUUACUUUGUAAUGUAUUUCUUGUUCAAUUGGUUGCUUUUUUUUCUGUUCUUUUUUUCUUUUUUCUUUUUUUUUUAAAGCAUACCAAAUGUAAAUGAUGUACUAUAUUGAGUGUGCCAAUCCCUUUUGAUUUGUAGAGCCAGACUCUUUACAAGUGCCAAUGUUGUGGAAAUCAUUUAAAAAGGACUUGUGUAUUUUAUGGUCCGGUUUUUAAAAACAAAUAAACAUUAAGUAUGUGAUUAUGGUAAAUGCGCAACAGGAAAAGGACAAUUUUAUUCUGUAUUUAAGAUUAAAGAUGACAAACUGCUGUUUUUAAAAAGAAAUGACAUUUUAAUUGCAUGUGUUUGUUUUCGGUGGAGAGGGUCGGGUAAAGGAGAAACCGUAUUAACGCGAAACCCUGCUGACAAGGGGCUUAAUUAUUGUUCAUUUACAGUAUUUUAGACAUAUUUCUCUUUUUGUAUGUUUCAUUUCAACCACUGUUGCCUGAACCUCAUUCAUACAUGAAAAUGACUUUCAUAGCCUUCUCCUUUAAAGAUAAAAAUAUCCAUUUUAAAUUGGAAUAAAAUUUGUUCCUAUA